AUGGGCCAUGGUGCUUCCAAGUCAGUAGUUGUAGACGAGGUUCUAGAUUUGCUCGAGCGUUUGCCAUGGGAUGUUGACUUGAAGGGGUUUGGUGCUCAGACCAGUCUUCGCACACCAGAGCUUCUCCCUCUACUCGCUGACACAAUGGUCAAUGGUUGUGUACUUGAUGCUCUUAUUGCCGCUAUCAAUGAUCAUGCAGAUGAACACAAUGAUACUGCUGUCGAGACACUUGAUUUUUCAAAUAUAUUAUUCCUUGGUGACAUGCGGUGGUCAAAGUAUCAUUUCGACAAAGCCUUUACUUGGCUGCAUUACCUCGGAGACUCGCUUCAUGAUGGCACCAUACAGAGCAUCAUUUUCCCUGUCAAUAUUGCCAAUGUCCAUUGGGCCAUUGUUAGCGUUGAUGCUAGCACACAGAUGAUCUUGUACGGUGACUCACUUGGAUGGUCCAUGCUUAGUUCAUAUGUUGAUGCUAUCCACCGCUGGUUGAAAAACCACUGA